AUGAUAUUAUUUCUAAAAACAGUUAAGCCGAUAAAAUCUCUUCAAAUUCUUAUCUCAAUUAAUCAUUUAUGUUGCAUACUUGUUCAUACAGUGAUGUUCUAUCGUAUGCAUUUAACAAUCAGAGCUGAAGACAACUCUUCAACAACAAAUAAUCCAACUGCUGCUUCUACUACUUUUAUACUUGAUAAUCAACCUGCUCAUGCAACUACUCAUCCAACUGCUGUUGUAUUUAUUCAUUCAUCUGGUGAUGCAUGUGAUGAUUCACUAAUUGAACUUUCUCCUCGUCCAAUAUCCGAAUAA